AUGGCAGGAGAUGCGGUAGUCCGCAACGAACAUGGCAGUGUCGAGGUACCAAGGAAGAAGGGGAGGAAGAAGUCCAAAGAAAGCACAGAGGCACGUAGAAAGGAGAAGGUGCCCAGUGCAAGCACGGUCAAGCGUUCUUACACAUGCAAGCAAUGCAAGGCAGAAUUCCCCACACAUCAAGCUCUGGGCGGGCACAUGGCUGCGCACAACAAGGACAAGAGGAUCCAGGCCCAGAAUGAGCAAGCAGCAGCAGCAUGGGAGGCACAACAGAACCAGAUAGACCGGAGCCUAAACAGGCUGGUAACCAGCAGCAUGAAACCAGCAUGGGAGGCACAUCAGAGCCAGAAAGGCCAGAACCUGAACAGGCAGGAAACCAAAGGUGGCGGUGAGGAACCCAGGCAAGGUGGCGGCAUGUUCAUGUCCACCAGAGAACUGCUUAUGGAACGCUACACCAAGCUGUUCAACCAGGGGUGGCUAUCCAGGCAGGAGGCUGGAGGGUCCUCCAAGAGGCAGCACACUGAGAAUAAGGAUGGUGGCUCUCCGUCGAUAGCGCCGCCCCUUGCAGAUGGAGGUAGGCGCAGGCCAUUUGACAUUGACCUCAAUGCCAUGGCUCCAGAAAAGGAAUAG